AAAAGGUGGCACCAGUUACAUAUCCUAAUGGGAAGGUUCGAUCAGAUCGCAGUUCUACAAUCUGUGCUUCUGGUGACCCCACAAGGUUUGUACAAGUACAACGAGCUUACAAGCCUGAGGGUGUACAGGAGAGCUGAUAUCCGUAACCUGACCAUCAUGGGCUCGGUAUAUCAGCGAGCUGGAGUGGCUCACAAAAGCAUUUGCAUCUUGAAGAACAGAGCACCAGACCGUAAACACUACAGCUACACAUCAAUCUCAAGUAAAAUGGAUUUCUUUAGAGAACUUAGAGAGCUACGAGGUAACCAGGGCAGAAAAGAGGAAGAGGAAUGGGUUAUUUCUAUAGAACCUAUCACGAUGAUAGUGCCGCCGGCACUGCAGGACUUGCCGGAGAGAAUAACGCUUGAAAGCACCACUAGUUCAAGCGCUAAGGACGAUGAUCUACCCGUGGUUGGAGAAUGGGAAAAUAGGGUAAUCACGGGUAGGUUGAGUAACCUACGCAAGGCGCCCAAGGACCUGCCCGCCGGAUUUAGAUUCAGGGCGGCGCUUCAUCAUGAAGUAGCAGACAAUUCGCCCUCAAUAAGUGGGUACAAGAAACUAAAGGAGAUGACGAGCUGGAUACCAGUGUACGUGGAUCAUUUUGAGGCCGGCCUGCGAUUUCCCCUGCCCGGGUUGAUAUUUGAUCUGCUGGCAGAUUACGAGUUGGCAGAUUAUGAGCUGGCUCUGACGCAGCUGACGCCCAACAACAUAAGGUUCAUCAUAGGCUUUAUGCUGUUGUGUGCGAGGUUGGAGAUACCGGCGAAGGCAAUAGUGUUUAGGUCGCUGUUCCAAUGCCGGCUAUGUCCCAACUCUAGAGGCGCGAAGUGGUAUUACCUCUCGGGGAGGGAGAAGAGCCAGCUCUUCAAAAAUCUACUGCCUUGGGAUACAAAUAUGAAAAAUCAGCUACUUGAGUAUGCGAGGAAGGAGAACUUAAUAGAUUUAGAAACCCUGCUUACCUCGGAGCAACUAGCCGUGUUCGGGUUUCUCGACGUGGCAAACCAAUUCACAGAAGGUAUACUUUCAUCAUAUACUAUGAAUUCUAGUCGAGCUGAGUCUUAUGUAUUUGUUUGUGCAAGGGAAAUAAGUAGCAUACUUGAGAGGCAACGUCAGCGAGCCCAGGGCUCCCGAGGUCACGCGUCGAGCAACGCUUCACAAAGACAGAUGCAGUUCGAUGAGCGGCCGCCCUCAGCGCCACAAUCACGCAGCUCGUCACACCGUGGAUCCAGCUCAGCGUCCAGGCCUCACGCCGAGCAAAAGGUUGAAACUGUGGCCCCCAGUGCACGCAAGCGUGCAUUUCAAUCUGCAGCCGCGCACUCGUCAAACGCACCAUCUGCCAUAGCACGGGCCGCAGCUGAGCCUGCACCUAUGUCGACCUCAGUGUCGGUGCCCAAUAUCGCAUAUCCAAAGGGCUUCAGUUAUGUGAAAAUGGACUGCCAGCCCGCCAUGGUGCAAGGCAUGCAAAGCUUUGUGCCUCUCGUGGAUCGUCAGCGGGCAAGGACCUUUGUACAGCAGCAUGGCGGGCAAGUCGCCAUGGUCAAACUGAUGGAUGCGUUCAGCUACGGAAUCGCGUUGUUCGAGAGCGAACAAGGAGCUCGCGCUCAGAAUAGCAAGCUCAGCACCAAUUGCAAACAGUUGGCCGCAGAAAAGGCUAGCCUAGUGGAUGAUGUCAAUCAUCUACAAGGUUCUGAGAUGGGCACGGAAGCUACAUCUGUGGAGAGUCAAGCAGAGGAGCUCACGAGCAGGAAUAACAAGCUCAGGGAGGAGAUGGAGCGAGCCCGGGCUGAAAAAGAAAGCGCGAUCCAAGCGGCGAAGGUUGAGGCCGCCCGGAUUGAGGAAUGGGCCAAGAAAGCUGAGGUCGAAAGUGACCGUACUCUAAACGAGCUGAGCUCCCUAAGGCACCAGGUCACUGAGGCCGACAAGAACCUCAAUGCAGCUGAAGAGGCCCUGAACGAAUUGAAGACAUCUCACGGGCGCUUUGUAAGUAUCGCCCGAGCUCAAGGGGUAGAAUGGUUGGUGGGCUCAGCUGCGUUCCAAGACGCUGUGGCGGUGGCGUCUGCAAACAUGACCACAGAGAACUACAAUGAGAUCCGUGGGAAGGUGCUGCAACAUCGCCCAGACUUCCCAAUACGCGAGUUGGCGUUCUUCGACGGGGAGAACCUCGACGAGCAGCGUAAAAGCCUUUCUCCCCUUGUUGAUGCAACGGUGUGGUUGAGAUGGGAGCUCAAUGAGGAUGGGGAGCCAUUGAGCACUCCGCCUAACUCUCAGCCCGUCGUGGCACCAGCCAGGUCGCCCGUUAGUGCACCAGCUCCCGAGCCCAUCGCUCGCUCGCCUCCAGCUCGCUCCUCAACUCCUGCUGCUGCUAACACGUCCAUGCCAUCAAUCUGACGGAUGAUUAGUUUUAGAAAUUUUCUUUUCUUUGUGUAUUGCUUUUGCAUUUUUGUUUCUUUCUUUGAAAAAUUGUAUCUAGAUCUCCUGCAUUGAAACUUGUAAUUUUUUGAACAAAAAUAGAAAAGUGAAGACUUU